GGGCUGCUACCUCGGGACGGGGCCCCGGCCCGGGGGGAAACGGCGGGACCGGGAAGGGGCGAGCUCGGCGCGAGUCCUGUUGGGGGGCGAGAGCUCGAGAGUGGAGAAUUCGGGAAGUGGGCCGUACGGAGAGCGCGGACUCGAGUGGGAACUCCCGAGGAGGAUACAAACUCACCAUGAAGGUGAAGAUUAAGUGUUGGAAUGGUGUAGCCUCCUGGCUUUGGGUUGCCAAUGAUGAAAAUUGUGGUAUUUGUCGAAUGGCUUUUAAUGGCUGCUGCCCAGACUGUAAAGUCCCUGGGGAUGACUGCCCCCUUGUGUGGGGACAGUGCUCACACUGUUUCCACAUGCACUGUAUUCUCAAAUGGCUUAAUUCUCAGCAAGUACAGCAGCAUUGUCCCAUGUGUCGACAGGAAUGGAAGUUCAAGGAGUGACUGAUACCUUCUGUGACGUCUGCCUUCUACCUGUUGUGUGGUGAAGAACUCUGUAACCUUGGGCUUAUUGAUCCCAAGCUACAAAAAGGGGUCAUUUUUACACUCCUGUAGGCCUUGAUCCUUUUAGCAGGAACCUGAGACCACCCACAUAAUGGGAAGGACAUGGGGGACAAGGUGGGCACGCAGUCAGCUUUCUUCCUUUGAUUGUUUUAACCUUCUAUGUUAGUGGAUAGAAGCUAGUGUGGUUGCAGGAUUAGGCUUCUUUGAUUGUAAGAGGGUUGGAAGGAGGACUGGACUUGAUUUUGUUUUUUUCCAUUCACGAUGUUGAAACUUUUUUUAUCUUGAGAGCUAAAAUUCAUUAAACUAUCUGAGCCUUGCUGAAGGCCCCUAAGGCCCCCCAGUUCUUCACUUGAUAGGUUUAUAAGCCUUUGAUGUGUCUUGAUAUGAAAAUACUCAUGAAUAAACAUUUCUGUGAAACACCAGUGAGGCCCUCCUGUAAAAAAAAGAACAAAACAAAAAAAACGAGAGGAGACUUACUGCUGCUUUAGGGCUUUCUGAUAUAAAUUAAACAGGUAAGAAGACAUAAACACUAGGAGGGGGACAAGAGAGUGACUGUUCUAGUACAGAGGAUUUCUACAUGCAUCGAAUUCUCAAAUAGCUUAACUUGGAGCAUGUUUAACAGUCCAAAGGAAUAGUUCUUGUUGACAGAGUAGAAAAAGUAUUUGGGAGAGGGUGUGGUGAAUACUGUAGGAUGAGAAAUUUGGGGAGAGAAGUCAGACACAAAUGAAACUAGACUUUCUACCCCCAAAUGGCUCCAUGAAAGCCCCGAAAAACAGUACAAGAAAAAUUAGGAGAGGUAGUUCAUUGUAGAGGACGUGCUUUUUAUGCGUGAAGCUUCAGGUUUGAUCCUCAACAUCUCUAAGUUGGGGCUUUUUUGAAAGGCAGUGUGGUAUAAGUGGCGAGAACACUAGACUUAGGAAUCAGGAAGACCUGGGCUCAACUUCUGUCUCAAAUACUUCCUGUGGUGGCCUUGACACAAGUCACUUAAUGUCUCUGUACCUCUGUUUUCUCAUCUGUAAAAUGUGGAAAUUGGACUAGAUAGCCUCUAAGAGUCUCUUGCAUUUCUAAAUAUGUGAUCCUCUGAAACCAUGUUGGCCAUUGAGGCUGGUCAUUCGUUUUCUUCCUCCUCCCUCCUUUUCAUUUAUUUUAUUGGUGCUCUUGUUCAUAUCAUUGUAACUCUUUAAUGGUACCUGAUCCAUUAAAGCCUUCCCUUGUAAAAAAUAUUACAGCUAAGUAAAAUCAACACAUUGCCCAUG